AUGCCAGGGACUGGACCUGGGACCUCCAGCAUGCAAAGCAGGUUCUCUACCAUUGAGCUCUUGCCUCUUGCCACGCACCGGCACCAUGCAAACAUGCAGUUGCUGACUGGCUCGAUACCCCUGGUGUGGGAGCGGGCUCUGGAUCUCAGCAAGGGUUACCUUCUCACAAGAAGAGAGCUGUUGUGCCGUGAGAUCAAGCCCCUUAUUGACCUCUCCAGGCCCAGCCCUCAUGCGCUGGUGUCCGUGACCCAGGUGGGCUGCUUCAUGAAGGAAGACGAGGCGGUGGUGAAGCACGUCCAGGAUGUGUUUGGAACAGAGGCCACUAAGCACAUGAUCGUCUUGUUCACCCACAAAGAAGAUUGGGCUCAUCUACACCAAGAUGUCAAAAAGUCAGAUAACAAGGCUCUCCUGGACUUGAUUAAGAAAUGUGGGGACCACAUCAGCGCUUUCAAUAACAGGGCAGCUGGAGAAGAACAGGAGGGGCAGGUCUCUUUGCUGAUGGAAACAGUCCUGAGAAUGGUUCAUGAGAAUGGAGGGAGGCAUUAUGUCAAUGAGUUGUACUAGGAGGAAGUACUUAAGGGAUAAACACAUUAAUGUUAUAUGGCAGAGAACAGAAAAGCCAGAAGAAUGGCAGAAGGUGCUUGGUCUUUGAAGAUGAA